AUGAACCUAAACAUUCCGCAAACUGGGCAGAAACCUGUUGACCGCGGUCCCAAAUGGGCCAAAGCAGGCUUCUCAGGCGACUUCAAGCUGACUCCCCAACUAGGAGAGGGCGACGUUGACCCUACCCACUGGGCGGUCGAAUUCCAAGAAUACCCAGGCCCUUACGAUGCCUUUCCGGCGGGCAAGAAAUUCUGCAAGUUCUAUAGCAUUCUGAACAAGUACGGCUUGAGCUAUUCGGACGACUUCAACAAGCGUGGUGUACGCUUCUCUACUCAUCAAGAAGGGGUAUACCUCAUCUACCAGAUCAUAUUCAGAGAUGCAGCCGAAGCAAAUGUCCAUAUAUGCUAUGGUUACAAGGACCCAGAUGGUCCCGGAGAACGUCUGCCGGUGGUCACCAUAGGGCUCCCUGAUCGCCCGGCGACCGCUGAGCAGAAGCAGAAGGUGGCAGCCCUGAUGGGUCUGGAAGUUGAACAACUCAUUCAAGUUUACAUUGCCGCGCCGUGA